CGAUCAUUACUAUCAUUGUUAAGCAAAAUAUUUUUCCAGGUUAUUGUCUCAUCAACGGUGACGGAUUCUUCAAUUUUUUUACCGGACAGAGAUAUGGAUGAGGGAACAAGUAGUGUUGAUCGAAUCUCGGAAUUACCAGUCUUCAUUCUUCACCAGAUACUGUCAUCUCUUUCAACGAAAGAGGCUGCUCAAACCGUCCUUUUGUCGAAGAGAUGGCAAUAUGUUUGGGAAACGUUUCCCAUCCUAGAUUGUAAUGAAUGGUUUUUUGGAAAAGAGUUGUAUAUGCUUAACCCAAAGGAGCUUGGGUUGCCUAAAGAUGAGCGGCGUAAGAUUUUCAAUCAAAGAGUGAAGUUCAUGAGUUAUGUUGAUGAGAAAUUGCACCGGUUUGUUGUCGAAAAUCUUUGUGUGCAGAAGUUUAUUCUUCACAUAACCCUUGUAAGUAACAAUUUGGCCUCUCAUGUUGAUGAUUGGAUCGAAAUGAUUACUAAUUUGUUUGUUCGGGAACUUGAUUUGUAUCUUACUGUGAGUAGAGAACGGUUUUAUGUGUUGCCUAUGAAGGUCUUUGCAAUGGAGUCAUUAACCGUUCUAAAUUUACGAGGUUGUCUUAUAAGCACCCGUUUUGAUUGGAAUACGGUCAAGCUAUGUUCUCUCAUUGAACUGCAUCUUCGGGAUGUAUUUAUAGAUAAGAACACAAUACAAGAUAUUAUUUCCUCUAUUCCUUCAUUGGAGGUAUUUUCUUUGAAGAACUGUUUGGGUUUCGAGAAUGUUGAAAUCUGUGGUCAUGACAAGCUAAAGAAAAUGGUUUACUAUCCUCGUAGAGACCUUGAAACCAAGAAGUUUAGCAUUAAGGUAUCAACAUUAGAAGAACUCAACUUUGUCAAUUUAGAUAAAGAUAAGACGGAAUGUGAAAUAGCCGUCAGCCCUGCUUGUCGAAAUCUAAAACGUUUGUCUGUGUACGGCAUGUCUAUUGAUGCGCACUGGCUACCGGAUAUGAUCGCGUCAUUUCCUUUGCUCGAGCUUUUAUCUAUAGGCGGAUGUGUACUCCGAAGAGUUAUAAAACUUUCGAGUCCAGUGCUUAAGGAGAUACAUAUUAACAAUUGUAGAAAACUUAGGGAUGCAACAUUUGAUACGCCUAAUGUACAUUCAUUUGUAUAUGUUGGUAGGAGCAUGCCUCGUUUAUAUUUAAACAGUCAUGCUGGCAAUCGAGUAGCUGAACUCUCGGUUGAUCUUAAAAACAUGGACUGUUCCUGGUUCAUGAAGAUGAACAACUUCAUCAUAGAGAACAAAUUUAAAGACUUAACUUUGUGUAUGACUUCAAAAACAGGUAAAGAAAUACCCUUCAAUGCAGAGGACUUGAUAGGAAUGCUGCGUUCUCCUGCUGAACUUAACAAUCUGAAGCUGGGUACGUUUGCUGUGACGUUGGAUAACUAUGGAACUUUUUUAGAUGGCUUAUUGUGGAGUACACGUCCUGCGAUUCUAUCGUUAGAACUAAAUUAUUAUUCGCCCGAAUUUUUGAAGGGGUUAUUCAAAAGCUUGGUGAUUCGAGAACCGAAGUGUUGUUGCUCGCACACGAAUUCUAAAUGUUGGCGUUGCUUGCUAAAGGAUAUAAAAUUGAUUGACGUGAAAGGUUUCGAGAGCAAUACUCGACUCGACCAAAUUACACUUAACAAGUUGAUCAGUUUCUUGGAUGAUUGGGUGAUUGCAGCCCAACAGACGGUUAAAUCUUACAAAAUACUCACAGGGGAAACUCUGUCUUUUCAUUUUUCAUGGUCAUAAUUAGCAACAAUUUCAAUGUUGCUAAGUGCUAAUUAUGUAUAUAUCUUACUGAAUAGGAGUACUCUAACGGCCUGUUUAGUUAACGGCAAGGUAUGUACAUAAUUUCAAUUGAGUACUUUACUAUAAACUCAUUUGAGUGUCAAGAAGCCCUUUUCAUUGAGCUCCAAUGUAGCAAGCUAACAUUAAUAAUGGAGUAUAUCAAUUCUCUUGACUUUUUUGUC